GUCCGCGCGCCUCGCUGCGAUGGCGGCGGCGCCGAACACAGUCACCCCGCCGGCGGCGGAGUCUUCCCCUCAGGAAGCUACCGUCUCUGCCGCCUCCUCCUCCUCCUACACCGCCUGCGCGGCGGCGGCGGCGGCGGCGGCGGCGGCAGUAAUUGUUCCUGCCUCCUCCGCCACCUCCACCCCUGCCUGCCCGCCUGCCGGUGGCUUUGGCGACGGCGGCGGCGGCGGCUUUGGCGGCUCCACAAUGGCGGCGGCGGGGAGGGGGGGCAGUAGUUUUAAAGUAGACACCCGCCCUUGCCUCAGAGAAGAUGCCAUUUGGAAUAAACAGAAAAAGGCUGAACUUUUUACAGAUAAGUUUUGUCAAGUAUGUGGAGUGAUGCUACAGUUUGAAUCACAGAGAAUUUCACAUUAUGAGGGUGAGAAACAUGCUCAAAAUGUUAGUUUUUAUUUUCAAAUGCAUGGGGAGCAAAAUGAAGUGCCUGAUAAGAAAAUGAAGAUGCAUGUUGAAAAUUUUCAGGUGCAUAGGAAUGAAGGAGUAGACAAAAACAAAUUUUGUGAUGUCUGCAACAUAAUGUUUAGCUCCCCACUUAUUGCUCAGUCUCACUAUGUGGGAAACGUCCAUGCUAAAAAACUGAAGCAAUUAAUGGAGAAACAUGAUCAGGCAUCUCCAUCAGGAUUUCAGCCAGAGAUGGCAGGAGUGCCUCUUACUACUUCUGCAGCGUCAACCUUCCUGAAGCCCCUUGCUGUCAAGCCUCCUCCAGGCACCUUCUCACUACUAGUGUAUUUUAUUCCCCUUUCAUAUUCUCUCUUCCACCCACUUCUUUUCUUCCACUCACUAUUAUUUUUCAGUUCUUUCUUUACCCAACCUUUCUGCUUCAUGUGAAAAUGUUCAUUAUUCUCUCCUUCUUAAAGCUCUAUUCUUUGUCAUAUGUAACUCUUUAUGCACUGGUUCUUCUCCUGUAUUUCUGUUUCUUUUUUGUUUUCUCUGUGGGCUCUUUUUUUAUUCAUUACCUAGAUGUAGGUAUUCCCAUGGUUUCAUCCUUGACCUUACUCUACAAACACGAUUUCUAUUUCCCUGGUUUCAUUUCUCAUCUGUAUGCUUAUGACCUUUCUCUCAACAUUAGAUUCACAUAUCUAAAUGGCAGCUACUGCUUCACCUGGAUGCCUCAUAGCCAUUUCAAAUCCACCUAGUCAUUCAAAGUAGAAACCUGCAGCUCAGAUCUUAUUAGCACAGGAAUGGCUACCAUAACGAUAUGGAACUAAAAAUUUUGCUUUCAGCUUUUAUCCUGAGAGUGGGGCUCACUGAACCUCUCUCCUUUCUAAAAUCUGUGGAAAUUACUUUUGGUAACUAAUGCACUGCAGUGAUUUCAGCAUUUAGUAUGAGAACUUAUGUUUGCCAUAUUUGUAGUAUCGCUUUUACAUCUUUGGAUAUGUUCCGUUCCCACAUGCAAGGAAGUGAACAUCAGAUUAAAGAAUCCAUUGUUAUCAAUCUAGUGAAGAAUUCAAGGAAGACACAUGACUCUUAUCAAAAUGAAUGUGCAGAUUAUAUCAACGUGCAGAAAGCCAGAGGACUAGAGCCCAAGACUUGUUUCAGAAAGAUGGAACAGAGUUCUUUGGAAACACUCAGACACAGAGAAGUGGUUGAUUUCAGACCCAGACAUAGAAUGUUUGAGCAAAGGCUCCCAUUUGAGACUUUCCAAACACACCCCAUACCAUACAAUAUUUCACAGGCAGUGGAAACGCAGUUGCCUCAUUCAAAGAAGACAUAUGACUCUUUCCAAGAUGAACUUGAAGAUUACAUCAAAGUACAGAAAGCCAGAGGACUGGAUCCAAAGACUUGUUUCAGAAAUAUGAGAGAGAACUCUGUGGAUACUCAUGGACACAGAGAGGUUGAUUCUGGACCCAGACCAAGAAUGUGUGAGCAAAGAUUUUCACGUGAGGCUUCUCAGACCUACCAACGACCAUACCAUAUUUCGCCAGUGGAAAGCCAGUUACCUCAGUGGUUACCAGUUCAUUCAAAGAGGACAUAUGAUUCUUUCCAAGAUGAACUUGAAGAUUACAUAAAAGUGCAGAAAGCCAGAGGACUAGAGCCAAAAACUUGUUUCAGAAAGAUAGGUGAUAGCUCUGUAGAAACACAGAACAGAGAAAUGGUUGAUGUCAGACCUAGACAUAGAAUGUUGGAGGAAAAGAUCCCAUUUGAGACUUUCCAGGCCUAUUCAGGACCAUACAGUAUUUCACAAGCAGUGGAAAACCAGUUACCUCAUUGUUUAUCAGCUUAUGACAGCAAACAGAGACUAGAUUCUAUUAGCUACUGUCAACUCACCAGAGACUAUUUCCCAGAAAAACCAGUACCCUUGAGCCUUAAUCAGCAAGAAAAUAACUCUGGCUCAUACAGUGUGGAAUCUGAAGUUUACAAGCACCUCUCCCCAGAAAACAAUACUACUGACCAUCAAGCGGGUCAUAAACGGAAACAUCAGAAGAGAAGACGACACCUGGAAGAAGGCAAAGAAAGGCCAGAGAAAGAACAGUCCAAGCAUAAAAGGAAAAAGACUUAUGAAGAUACAGAUUUAGACAAAGACAAGAGCAUCCGACAAAGGAAAAGAGAGGGAGAUAGAGUCAGGGUCAGUUCAGGAAAGCUUAAGCAUCGAAAAAAGAAAAAAAGCCACAAUGUACCUUCUGAGAAAGAAGAACGUAAGCACAGGAAACAGAAAAAGAAAUCUGUUGAAGAAAGGACAGAAGAGGAAAUGCUUUGGGAUGAGUCUAUUCUUGGAUUUUGAAUGUUUAGUUUUGUUUACCCAAGGUUGAAUUGAAAAAACAGUAUGAAUUUAGAAAAAGACCGCAACAUCUGAUAAAUAAGAGGGAGAUAUAGUCAGUGUCAGUUCAGGAUACUUAGUUUUUUUGUAUAAAAUUAAAAUUGAAUUAAAAGAAGAAGAAAAGAAAUCCUAAACUUAAUAUCUGAAAAAGAACAUAAGAACUCAAGGAGAACAGAAGAGAAAAGCAAAACUGUUAAAGAAAAGAGAAGAGUCUGUGUUUUGGAUUGAGCCUACGCUUGUGUAUUGAACUUUUAGUUUUGUUUACCCAAGGAUUAAUUGAGAAAAUCAGCUAAGAAAAUGGACUUAGACAAACGCAAGAGGAUCAGAUGAAGAAAAGGAUAGGUAGAUACAGUCAGUGUCACUUCAGAAAAGCUAUUUUUAAAAAAGCUUGUAAUUUAGUUGAAAGAAGAAACAACAACAAAAAAGCCUAAACGUAGCCUCUGAACACUAACAUGAGAACACAAGAAGUUAAGACAAAAAGAAACCUACUCAAGAAAAGACACAAGAGAUAGUGAUUUGGGAUGAGUCUACUCUAGGAUUUUUAACUUUUUAGUUUUUUCCUUCAAAGUUGAAGAAAAAAGUUAAAGAAUUUCCUUUCAUAAAAUUCAUGUUAUUGGAAUUUUUCUAGGUAGAUGGCUACUUUAAUCUCUAAAAAAGCCAAGUGAAGUAAAAGUAUUCAAUAUGCCUUUUCCUCAAGUUACUUUCCUUCAUUUUCUUAAAAAAGAAAAAAAUAUAUUAAAUGUUUCUCACAUAUCUCACAUAUAAUGUAGUUUUCCUAAAUGAAGUUGUGUCUACUUCUGCUCAUCAAAUUGCUGUGAUAAUGAAUUAUUUGCUCAUGGGAGAUAAUUUAUUUUAAAGGACAGAAUUGCCAAGCAUUACAAAAUCAAUUCUUUGCUUGGUUUUGCUUUAGUGUUGGUGGUAUUGUAUUGUUGUUUUUCUGUGUUUAUGUGACUCCACUUUCUUAAAGGAAUAUGUAUGAAGUAACUUAAACUGAUUGUUUUUUUCUUUGUUCAAUCUAAUUUGCAGUGUAUUUUUUGCAUUUUCUAGUUCUGAACAUGGAAAAUGAAAAAGUCUAUAAUAAACUUAGAUGAUAUAUAGUUU